AAAUUGGAAUCAAUGCAGAGCAAAGCGCCACGUGUCCCCGGGAAGGUUUUCCGGUCCCGGAUUCCGACUCUUCUGGUCGCAAUGUUCGCCACCUUCGCCUCAAUCUACGUCGCCGGACGGUUGUGGCAGGAUUCAGAGAACAGGGUCUACUUGAUUAAAGAGCUUGAUAGGAUUACUGGGCAGGGGGGAUCUGUCAUAUCAGUGGAUGAUACAUUGAAAAUCAUAGCUUGCAGGGAACAGCAUAAGAAGUUAUCAGCAGUUGAGGCGGAGUUGGCUGCAGCGAAACAAGAGGGUUUUAGUGUACAGCGCUCCACGCUGAAAAAUGAAACCAGGCCACUGGUGGUGAUUGGAAUUUUCACAAAGUUUGGUCGUAAGAACAAUAGAGAUGCAAUUCGUAAGGCAUGGAUGGGAACUGGUUCUGCUUUGAAAUAUAUGGAGGAUCGGAAGGGAAUAAUUGCAAGAUUUGUUAUUGGAAGGAGUGCAAAUCGUGGGGAUAGUUUGGACGUAGCUAUUGACAAUGAAAACAGACAGACCAAAGACUUCCUCAUUCUUGAUGCCCAUCUGGAGGCACCUGAAGAGUUCUCAAAGAAGGCUAAACUUUUCUUUGCCCAUGUUGCUGAUAAAUGGGAUGCUGAGUUUUAUGCCAAAGUCAAUGAUGAUAUUUAUGUAAAUAUUGAUGUUCUGGGAACUACACUUGCAAGUCAUUUAGACAAGCCUCGUGUUUAUAUUGGAUGCAUGAAGUCUGGCGAAGUUUUCUCUGAGCCGAGUCAAAAUUGGUAUGAACCAGAAUGGUGGAAAUUUGGUGAUAAAAAAUCAUAUUUUCGCCAUGCUUCAGGUGAGAUGUAUGUAAUCUCUCAAGCCCUGGCCAAAUUUGUUUCAAUAAAUAGAAAUAUUCUCCGUACCUAUGCCCAUGAUGAUGUCACUGUUGGAUCUUGGUUUAUUGGACUUGAUGUUAAACAUCUUAGUGAUGCCAAGUUUUGCUGCUCCUCAUGGAAGGGAGGAGCCAUAUGUGCUGGCGUAUGAUUUGUUUUGCUUUGAGAUCGUGCUUAAAAGUUAAACUGGAUGUAGGUUAUGGUUUAAACGAUUUAAACCAUUACAUCCCAAUGAUAUGUUUGAAGCCUGCACAAUGUAGACGGUGAGGCUUGGGGAAUGCCAUAGCUCGAAUGACAAGUUCUCCCGAGUGUCUUACCCAUCAGUUGAAAUAGUGUUGUCCCAUGAAAGUACACACAGCAGAUAGGAAAGAUGGGGGGAAAAACUUGCGUACAAACUAGUAUGUACGCGUGCGUCCAAACUCUCGUUUAUUUGCACACUUUGCGAAUAUAAAUACAUGAUUUUAA